AUGGGUGACACAAACUCCUGCUUACAGGGCUGGAGGAUUCCCACAUACCAGAUGUCCAUUCCGCAGCAAGCAUGCUGCACACUGAUUGAGCUUCCCGUCCGUAUCAUGACGACGGAAGGAUACCAUGAUAGUCGUGGCGGCCCUCCUUACGCGGUUUGGCUUCUCCGGGAAAGUCCAAAAUAUUACCGUAUUACACUAGGAAGAUACCACUCCAUCCGAACCUGUGUCUGGAUUUGGACCCCUACGCGAUCGCCAAUCAUGCAUCUGGCGGUUCCGCCCGAAAGUGACCCUUUCGGGCCAAAACUGACGACAUUUUCGCCCUUGUACGCUCGCCUGCCUUUGCCGUUUUGCCGUUAUUUAGGCUUCGUGACUGGAUUUUCGGAUGACAACAGCCACUGUGGCGAUUCGUACUCGUAUCGGGGCGAGCACCUGAUCCCGCAAAGGGAAUUUCUUUCCCCUCUGAUUAGCAGUUUCUUUGUCGCCGCAGUAAAACCAGUCCUAUUACAGGUAGAAGAUGGUUGUAAGAUAGGCCCGAUAUUGGUUGGUCACGCUUUUCUCUCCAUGCGUCUGAACACCUAUCCUGGUCUCAAGCAGGGAUCAACUGAGCUUACCACUGAGAAUUUAUCCGCUGGACCAAACAUCAAGUCAUUCUCUGUGAAAAAGCUUGACAACUCUUAUCCGGGGUCUUCAGCUCUGGGCGCCAAAGUGAAACCCAGCCAGAAGCAGAACAAGGGAACUCCGACAGGCAAAGAGAAGAACGAAGAACUUAAAAAAGCCAGUCUAGGAUCAGUCAUAUGCAAAUCAAUCGGCCACGUAAGACCAGAGCAUAGCUGA